UGGUCGCUCUGGACCCAGUGGUCUCAAUGUUCAGCUGAAUGUAGCUGUGGUGUUCAGACCAGGGAGAGGUUCUGUACUUCACCUGCACAACAACACGGAGGUAAAAUGUGCACCGGGCCUCACAUGCAAACACGGGCCUGCAACGCUCAUCCCUGUUUAGGUGUUUGUCCGGAGGGCAUGGUGAACAUGACAGCUGCUGAGUGUGAAGGUCAAGGCGGAGCAUGUCCAUGGGUGUGUUCAGAUAUGACUUCCCCAGAGGUCCAGUGUGCCACCACCUGCUACGAUGGCUGCUACUGCGCACCGGGCUCCUUCCUAUUCAACAACAGCUGUGUGCCUUUAGAACAGUGCCCAUGUUACCACCAGGGGGAGCUACACCCAGCAGGUGCCAUCCUGCCUGUUGACUCGUGUAACAACUGCACCUGCACUAAUGGAAAGAUGGAGUGUGAGACAGUUCCCUGCCCUGUGGACUGUGGCUGGAGCAGCUGGACACAGUGGAGUGGUUGCAGUCGAACUUGUGAUGUCGGUGUCAGAAAGAGGUACCGCUCAGGAAACAACCCACCUCCAGCCUUUGGGGGACAUCCCUGCAAAGGAGAGAGAGUCGGGAUUGACACCUGCAGCACUGAACCCUGCUUUGGUGUAAAAGAGCCAUGGACCAUGUGGUCAGCAUGUUCGGUGACGUGUGGAGGAGGUUACAGGACUCGAACCCGUGGACCCAUCAGAAUCCAUGGCACUUCUCAGCAGUUCAGCGCCUGCAACCUGCAGCCUUGUGGGGAUGGCAGGACGUGUCCUUUAGGCCAGCAGUGGACUCCGUGUUUGCUAGGACCUGUGUCUUGUACAGACAUCAUGCUGAACCUCAGUCGGAACUGUACUCCAGGCUGCCAGUGUCCACAUGGGACUGUCCUGCAGGAUGGUUCAUGUGUACCUGAGUCUGACUGCCUAUGUGGUCUUCCUGGAAACCUGUACCAUCCUGGAGGCAUUGUCCCCAGACUGUGUGAUAGCUGUAUAUGUGAAGGAGGAAGGCUGGUUAAUUGUUCCCAAAUCAGCUGCAAUGUGGAUGGCCAGUGGUCUGCGUGGACACCCUGGAGCCAGUGCUCAGCGCUGUGCGGGGCAGGCUUCCAGUCUCGCUAUCGUUUCUGUUCGAGUCCCCAGCAAUCUGGCAGUGGUCUUCCAUGUUUUGGUCCUCACCGUGAGGACCAGGUCUGCCUCAUCGCCUCAUGUGACCGUGAUGGAGGCUGGAGCCCAUGGAGUAACUGGACCGAGUGCACCAAGUCGUGUGGUGGAGGGGUGCAGAGCCGAUGGAGAAACUGUGACAACCCAACUCCAGAGGCGGAGGGAAACUUCUGUGAGGGGCUGGGGACCCAAGUCAAAGCUUGUAACACUGACCACUGUCCAGUGCCACCGUGCUCCCAGGUCCCAGGGACAGUGUUCAGUAGCUGUGGGCCCUCCUGCCCUCGAUCCUGUGAUGAUCUGUCUCGCUGCGAGUGGCAUUGUGAGCCGGGGUGUUACUGCACAGAGGGCAAGGUCCUGUCAGCCAAUGGGAAGGUGUGUGUAGCGAGACAAGAUUGUCCUUGUUUGGACCUCAGCUCAGGACAGCGCCUGGAACCAGGAGAAAUGUCUGUAGCUCCUGAUGGGUGUAACAACUGCACUUGUACAGGUGGCAGGCUUGACUGCACUAAAGACGUUUGCCCAGUGUCGGGUCGGUGGUGUGAAUGGUCAGAAUGGACUCCCUGUUCCAGAACUUGUGGUGCAGAGUCGGUGUCUCGCUACAGGAGCUGCAGCUGUCCUCAAGCCAAAGCUGGAGGAGAACCGUGUCCUGGGGAGCAGAAAGUGCAGAAUGGGAUUGGAGUUGAAAUACAGAGACAGCUUUGCCCUGUCAUCACUUUCUGUCCAAUCCAGGGUUCAUGGAGUUCCUGGUCUACAUGGUCAGACUGCGAUGGCUGUGCUGGGUCUUCCAUUCGUGUCCGGGAAUGUAACAGCCCUCCCGCCAGAUUUGGUGGUCUGCCCUGUCUGGGAGAGAGCCGGCAGAGCCGCAGUUGCAAUGAUAAUACCACUGUCUGCUCUGCCUGUGGUGGGGGGCAGGAUGAAUGGCUCUGCGGGAAGCCUUGUGCUCGCUCCUGUUCAGACUUGCAUGGUGACACAGAAUGCUUGGACCCCACUGGCUGCAGCUGGUCUUGUGGGUGUCCGGGUGACAUGGUCCUGCAGAAUGGAGUGUGUGUGUCCAGAGAAGAUUGUCGCUGCAAAUACUCCAACAGCUCCACUUUAGAAUAUCAGGAAUCCAGGAAUACAACAAGGACAGGGCCUGCUGACCAUGACUGGCUGUUUGCUAAUCCAGGAGACUUUAUAAUUAGUGCCUGCAAAAACUGUUCAUGUCAGACUGGAGUUUUACACUGUCAGUCCCUCCCUGGUUGCCAGGUCGAUGGUGGCUGGAGCCAGUGGGGAUCCUGGACCAACUGCUCACUUCCUUGUGGUGGUGGACUCAAAUUCAGGAGGCGUCUUUGCAAUAACCCUGCUCCUCAGAGUGGUAGAAGAGGCUGUGUUGGUGCAGCUGAGCAGCGGAGAGAAUGCAACACAGAAGUGUGCACAGACUGGCUGGACUCGUGGCUGUCAUGGUCUCAGUGGUCUGUGUGCUCAGUUAGCUGUGGGGGAGGGCAGCAGUACCGCUCACGGGUUUGCAGCUCCCCGCCAUGCCACGGCUUCAGUGACCAGAGUAAAACCUGCAACACACAAGUGUGCUUGGAUGUCGGCUGCCCUCCCGGGAGGCUUUACAGAGAGUGUGAACGAGGAGAAGGAUGUCCCUUCAGCUGCUCCCAGAUCAGUGGCACAGAAGGCUGCUACUCUGAUGGCUGUGACGAAGGCUGCCACUGCCCUCCACACACCUUCCAUCACCACGGACUCUGCUUACAGGAGUGCCCGUGUCUUGUGGAUAAACAGCUGCUGGCCUCUCUGCGGAGAGUGUCCAUCACGCCAAAUACGUCUCUGCUUUCCAUCAACGUCUCAGAGAGCUCAGAGUUCCAGUCUGGAGUUACAUUUGUGCAUGACUGUAGCACCUGCAGCUGCAGUCAUGGCAUGUGGAAUUGUUCCCUGGAGCCUUGUCCAGGUGAGGGCAGUUUGUCACCCUGGGGCCCAUGGAGCUCCUGCUCUGUCUCCUGUGGAGGUUUAGGAGUGAAGACUCGCCACAGGACCUGCACCCAGCCAGCACUCAUCUUAAGGAGCAGAGACUGCCUAGGGCCACGUCAGGAAACGGCAUUCUGCUUGGCUCCUGAAUGUUCAGAAGAUGACCCAGACUUUUCACCCUGGUCACUCUGGAGCUCCUGCUCUAGAACUUGCACUGAUGUUAUAAACCCUGCAAUGAAGUUCCGUCAUCGAACAUGUGUAAAACCUCCCUGCUCUGGAAGCUCUCAUCAGGAGAAAGCCUGCAACCUGCCCCAAUGUCCUGGCAAGGUGUGUUUAGGAGCCAAUUGCACACAAAGGAACUGUUCAUGGACUGAGUGGGGGGAGUGGAGCAACUGUUCACGAUCCUGUGGAGUGGGUCAGCAGCAGAGGAUUCGAACCUUCCUGAGACCUGGAGGGAACGGCACGUGGUGCAAGGACAUUCUUUCAGGAAACCAGGAGCAGCGCUUUUGUAACAUCAGACCCUGCAAAGUAAAUGGAGGAUGGUCGCAGUGGAGUCCCUGGUCUCGCUGUGACGAGCUCUGUGGUGGCGGACGCGCCAUACGUACUCGUUCCUGCUCGAGCCCUCCAUCCAAGAAUGGAGGGAGGACAUGUGAUGGGGAGAAGAACCAGGUCAAACCAUGUAACAUCAAACCUUGCGAUAAGGAAGAGUGUCCACCAAACCAGGAAUUGGUGUCAUGUGCCAACCAGUGUCCACAGCGCUGCUCGGAUCUCCAGCAGGGCUUAGAGUGCCAGGGCAACACUGAAUGUCAGCCAGGCUGCCGAUGUCCAAAAGGUCAUUUGGAGCAGGACAAUGUAUGUGUGGAGCUGUGGCAAUGUGACUGUCUGGACUCACUGGGACAAAGCUGGGCAGCCGGCAGCUUACAUCAAGUAGACUGCAACAACUGCAGCUGCACUGAUGGAAAGCUUCUUUGCACCAACCACAGCUGCCAGGAUACCUGUUUGUGGAGCACCUGGUCCAGUUGGGCAGCAUGCAGUGUCUCCUGUGGGCGGGGCCAGAAAACCAGAUACAGAUCCCUGAUCCCAGCGGCUGAAGGAACAGAUUGUGACUUUGAAGAAGUUCAGCACAAACCCUGCAGCCUAGGACUGUGCCCACCUUUGUGUGUACAUAAUGACCAGGAGCUCGGAGUGGGAGACACCUGGCUACAGGGAGAGUGCCAACAAUGCACAUGUACCCCGGAGGGAGUUUACUGUCAAGUCGUGGACUGCAGAGUGGAUGGUGGAUGGACCCCGUGGUCAGUGUGGUCGGACUGCUCAGUGACUUGUAGUCAGGGUGCACAAGUUCGAACCCGUGCCUGCAUUAACCCUCCACCAAGAAACAAUGGGUCUGACUGCAGUGGAGCAGAGAGAGAGAGCCAGCACUGCCAGACUCCUCCCUGUCUGGAUGACCUUUGCCCCUGGUCGCCAUGGUCACCAUGCUCCCAGAACUGUGGUGCAGGAUAUGUGUCACGCCACAGGGUGUGUGUGUGUGAAGAUGGAGGAGAUACUGCAUGCCCUCCCGAGGUGGAGGCUGAGAGGAGCAGUGAGGAGACCCAGCUGUGCUACAAACAGCCCUGUCCAAGUUGUCGCAUGUCUUCAUGGAGUAUUUGGUCUCAGUGUUCCUGUGAGUUACAGAGGCAGCAGCGAUACCGCGUAGCUCUCACCUCAGUCAUCAGGGGGCAGCAGUGCACCCCUGUAGAAACACAGAGCAAAGCCUGCAGUCUCGGGCACUGCGAGGCAUGUGAAGCUCCAUUUGUGUACUCCACAUGUGGCGAUCCCUGUGAGAAGCAGUGUGCUCUAUCGGGCAGUGGAGACUUGUGUAUAGGUGUCAGAGAGUGCACACCUGGCUGUUACUGCCCUGAGGACUUGCUUCAGCAGAAUGGUAGCUGUGUUCCCCAGAAAGCAUGUGGAUGCAUCUACCUGCAGCACCAUGAUUCAGAACAACCACCCACUCCUAUCACUAUCCCUCAGGGUGCCACAGUCACUGUUGACUGUAGUACAUGCCUUUGUCAUGGAGGGAGUUUGCAUUGUGAUAUGAGAGAGUGCGAAGUAAUCCUCAGUGAAUGGACGGAAUGGACUCCCUGCUCUCCCUGCACAUCUUUUACCUCUGAACUCUUUGGUACUCUGCUGGAAGAAACCAUCAGUCGCACUGAAAUGGUUUCAGUGCAGAAACGUUAUCGUGCCUGCUUGGACCUAGAUUCUGGAUUUCUCAUCCCAGGAGAAGAAGAAAGCCACUGCUCAGGACCGCUGGUUGAAAGGAGACUCUGUCCAGAUGCUAACAUCUGUAGAGAUCUGUGCCACUGGAGUGUGUGGAGUGUUUGGUCCGCAUGCACAGAGCCAUGCAGUGGUGGAGUCAGGCAUCGCUACAGGAGGCCCUUGGCCUCUCCUCCAGGGCGUGGUUGUAGGAGUCAGCAGACACAGAGCCAGAGCUGCAACACGGGACUCUGUCCAGGUGAGCACUGUGAGGAUCGAAAACGGUCCUACCAAGGCACCUGUGCUAAUCAGUGUCCUCGCACUUGCGCUGACCUAUGGGAGCAUGUUCAGUGUCUCCAAGGAACCUGUCACCCAGGCUGCCGGUGUCCAGAUGGACAACUGCUGCAGGACAACCACUGUGUGCCAGUGACAGAAUGUCGCUGUGGGAUCCCGUCAAACAACAGGACGUUGGAGUUAAACCCUAAAGGACAGCUUGUCGAUGACUGUAACACCUGCGUGUGUGAGAAUGGUACUCUGGUGUGUACUGAGCUUCCAUGUCCAGUUUACGAUCUUUGGAGCCCAUGGAGCUCCUGCUCAGUCUCCUGUGGACGUGGUCAAAGAACGAGGACACGGAGCUGCCAAGACAGUGAAGGUGGACCAUACUGCACAGACACCAAGCUGAUAGAAAGCUGUGAUUUGCCCUCUUGUCCAGCGGGUUGUUUGUUAAGCAAGUGGUCCACCUGGAGUGAGUGCACCUCCACCUGUGGGGGUGGGGUUUCGACACGGAACAAAACAAUCCUUCAAGAGCCAGAGCCUGGUGGGGCAGCCUGCAUCGGACCACUGGAACAACAUAUGAUCUGUAACACCAGCAGCUGCCUACCUGAAUGCCCCCACCACCAGGUGUACAGUGAUUGCUCAGGUUCUUGUCCGCAUACCUGUGAGGACCUCUGGCCACACACACAGUGUUUACCUGGAGCAUGUGUCCCUGGCUGCACAUGUCCUCCACAGCAGGUGUUGCACGGGGGUUCCUGUGUGGAUCACUCUUAUUGUCCCUGUUCAACCCUCUCUUUACUGACUCAAUUCCAAAAGUGGAAUGCAAGCUUGGAGGUCUUCACAGACGUUCUGCUGCAGCCUGGAACAACUAUUCAGCAUCUCUGUAACACAUGUGUUUGCCAGGAUGGAGCGUUCAACUGUAGCUCUGACACCUGUGAUGUGGACUGUCAGUGGUCAAACUGGUCACCAUGGAGCCCAUGCUCAGCCAGCUGUGGUACUGGACAACAAAGCUCCACCCGAUUUGUAGUGCAGCCAAGUCAGUACGGAGGAGCCCUGUGUGAAGGUUACAACACCCGAACCACAACAUGUGUUUCUGCAGACUGUGCUUGUCCUGAUGGGGAGCAGUGGAGGAGGAGCACGUGUGAGAGGAGCUGCCAGGACAUUUACUCGUCCGCUCUGGACAACUGCAGCCAUUCUGCUGAGGGCUGUGUGUGUCGGGAUGGGCUUUACCGAAACCUGGAGGGUGUGUGUGUCAUCCCAGCACACUGCCCCUGCCAUGACCAGGACAUCAUACGACAGGUGGGGUCUGUGUGGGAUGAUGGCUGCCUGACAUGCACCUGUGUGAACGGGAGAAGAUUGUGCCGGCUGAGGUGUCCUCCCCUUCACUGUGAGGAGGGGCAAGUGAAAGUGGAAGAGCCAGGAAGCUGCUGUCCAGUCUGCAGAAAGCCCUUCCCAGGUGAGCCUACCCCAGAGUGUCAGCGCUUUGAUCAGGUUCGGAACUUCACCAAGGGAGGCUGUCGACUGGAUAAUGUAAAAGUCAGCUUCUGCAGGGGGCGCUGUCCAUCCAGGACAGAUGUCAUCCUGGAGGAGCCUUACCUUCAGUCAGAGUGUGAGUGCUGUAGUUAUCGUUUGGACCCAGAAACCCCCGUUCGUUUUCUCAGCCUGCAGUGUGAGAGUGGAGAGAGCGAGCCGGUCGUCGUUCCGGUCAUACACAGCUGUGAGUGCACCAGCUGUCAAGGAGGGGACUUGUCCAGACGCUGAAUCAGCCUGAACCCAAGCUGAAGGUUUCUGACAUGGACAGCUGGACUCCACUGAUCAUCACAUGCUCUUAUUUUCUUCAGGCUACUGUUUAUUCAUAGACUCUAACUGUAACCCACUGACACAUGUUGUAUAAGGAAAAUAUCAAUUUACUUUUCAUGUUGGUUUUGUAAAGUUCCAUGUUCUAGUCCAGUUUUACUGGAUUGAUCUAUGACACAUGCUACUCAUGAACAUAACAAGCCUAAUGUUUGUAAUCCUUGUCAUUUUACAACUGAACAAAUAAUGAACCUGUUCUAAAAUCCUUGUACAUUUUGGCAAGAAAAAGAAGAAUGAACAAUGUAAAUAAAGCAGUUUUCCAUAUAAA